CAGUAAUUAUUUACUUUGCGGCGCGGAGCGACAAGCACAGAAUCAACACCGUAGAAGGUAGUUCACGUUCAUGUCAAUCCUUCCUACCUGCACCCGUAUCUCACAUUUCCAUUCUGGUUUACAAUCAUAUUAAUUCGGAGCCGUCGCCCUCGCCUCAGCAUCCAUCUAGCGGGGUUCUAUCCCAUUCUCGUGGACAUCUUUGUCGCCUGGCGGACAUCAUGUCGGAGCCAAUCCCCGAAUCGAUUCCCACCUCAGCCGACCGUCGCUCUCAGAGGCCGGUGAAGAAGCGCGCUCUCACUCCCGUCUCCCAACAAUCCGCUCAGAUCGAUGCUCUGUUCGCGCAUCCCGAUCGCGAAGUCAAAAUCCCCACCAUCCCCGACCCCAAAAAGCUCGCCCCACCACCCGAGAUCGUCGCCAACGUGCAAGGCUCCAGCGCCGGUGCGGGUAGCGGCGAAUUCCACGUCUACAAGGCCAGUCGGCGGAGGGAAUAUGACCGGCUUCGGCAGAUGGACGAAUCGGUAGAGCAAGAGCAGGCGGACAAGGAGUUUGCGGCACGGAAAGAAGAACAGAAACGAAAGGAUGAGGCGAAGACGAACCGGAACAAGGCGAAGAGAGACCGGGCCAAGGCGAGGAAGCAACAGGCGAAGGGGAAGGGCACGAUAAGCACGGAAGAAGGAUCGGUGUCGACCGUUGGCAAAGCGCCCCGGAAGCAAGGGCUAGGUCCGAUGAAAGCGAACGCUGGUGGCGAUGCUAUGGAUACAGCCCGAUAUAUCGAUCCAGCAGAGGCUAAUGGCGAAGCCAAAGUGGUAGAUGCGCCGGGGAUCAUCAUUCACGAUGAGGACUGAGAUUCCGGGAUAUCGAUUCCUCUUAACCUCACGUCCGAUGGGAUACGAUGCAUAAGCACGGCAGUCACAUGAGACGUCGGCGCGAUUUCCGUGAUUCAGUGGAUAUGCAGAAGGAAACCAAUCUGGUGCCCCGAAUGCAUCACUGGGGCGGGCGCAUAUGGAUUAAUGGUAUUGACGGUGCAUGUACGGAAUACGGUCUAGAAACUCGGGA